CCUCAUCCUGUAGCUCCAACAAAGGCAGCCCUCUCUGCUUUCCCCUACAACUUACUGGCUCCAGAGCUCCAAGAGGUCGCAGGUCGCAGAGGAAUCCAUCGAAACAGGAAAGAGAGCUUCCUCGGUCCAGCUUCAAACACUCAAAAACCUGUUUCCUCUCUCCGUCACAAAUAAAAUCCCCAACCGGGGAUUCACUGCAGGUUCAUUGUGAAAGCGGCGGCUUUGAGACAGGGAAGUGUCCAAAGUCUUCUAUAAGAGAGGGUCGCUGCAAAGUUCUCACAAGCCAAGAGAAUGAGGGAGGUAUUCUUGCUGCUGAGCUUGCUGGCCUUGGGAUGCAGCAGUGCAGAAGCCGACGCAACCAGCACACCUGCGGUGGAGAGUGAAGUGGAGAGCAGCCACCUGAGCUUGACUUCACCUGAAACGCAGGACCUCAGAAACAUAUUGGCAACCUCCCUGCCUCCUACUUCGGAGAAGCCGGCUGCUUUGCUGAAUGCAAGCCAAGAGGAAGGUGUAAAGCAGAGCUCUCCUCUAGCCACGAAGGAGGCACAAGUAUUGCAAACUCCAGCGGAGCAGAAGACACCCUCGGCCCUUACGGCAACUCCUAGCCCAGGGAAUAACAGUGAUGGCGGCUCUCCCAACGGGAAGCGAUUCAUGCUGCCUAGCAAUGCAGGGGUUCCUCCACAAUACCAUCCUUGGAAUCGCCUUCCUCCAAAGGAAAUUUCUGAAAAAAACCAAGGGACUAUGGUGAGCAGGUCUUCCAGGCACUCAGACGAUAGCAGCAAGCAGAAUGCAGAUCUCAAAAAGCCCAGCUUUGAAACCACCAGAGGAAAGAACUGGUGUGCCUACGUUCACACAAGACUCCAGCCCACCAUCGUGGUUGACAAUAUAGAAACGUAUGCAUCGGGCAGAGCCAAGCCAUGCACCUGGAUUGCCGGACCCUGCGGAUCAAGCUCCCAGUCAAGGACUCGCCAAGCUUACAGGGUCAAACAUAUGAUAGUGACAUCACUGGACUGGAAGUGCUGCCCCGGAUACAGCGGAGCAACGUGCCAACCCAAAGCCCAACAGGAUCAAUUGCUUCUACACAGCAACCAAGCGGAGAGCAACGCAGCUGUCGGCGGGGGGACACCAGGGAGCCCAGAGCAGCAGCAGGAUCCCAGCGACCCAGCAGUUGCGCAAAAAAUGAAUGAGCAGAUUAAGCAGGAGAUGAGACUGACUUUGCUACAGAAGAAGGUUGACAACAUUUCUGCCGUCGUGAGUGAUGUGAGCGAGACACUCUCCUCUCUGGAAGGCAAAAUCAAUGAAGAUAAGGGCAGAGACUUCCAGGCUUUUCUAAAAGAUCUCAAGUCCAAAAGCAUUGCUGAGCUAGUCAAAGAAAUUGUAAGAGAGCAGGUAAAAGCAUCCCAGAGUGAAACACAAGAGACAGUGGCCCAGAUUUUCAAGAUUACAUCUGGUCUGUCUGCAGAUCUUGAGAACAUCAAACAAAUGGUCAAAAGCUUGAAUGCUUCUCACCACAAAUUGGCUGUGGAGAUAGAAAGCAGGCCCACAAGGGUAGAAAUCCUAGAUAUAAGGACCCAGAUCCUCCAUAUUGAAGAGGAUAUAAGCAUUACAUGUGAGAAGCCAAUCGAAGACCUGCAGGAACAUCAGAGAUCUAUAGAAGCGGCCUUGGAGCAUCAAAGUUCAAGGAGCAACAUAUACUAUGAAUCUCUGAACAAGACUCUGACUCAAAUGAAAGAAGUGCAUGAACAGCUGUUGACAGCUGAACGGAUCUCAGACCAGAACAUCCCAACAGCAGGUAACUCAAUAACUGAUAACCUUACAGAUUACAUGGUUGGUCUUCACGAGAAAGUGAAAACACAGAGUCUGAUGGUUUUGCAGCUCUAUGAUGACCUCAGAGUCCAAGACAGCAAGAUCAGUAAUCUCACCGUAGCGUUGGAGAUCCAGAGAGAUAACUUACAUGGAGAGUGCAGCAGCAUAUUGUCCAAAUGCCGACGGGACUUCCAAACACGACUGAAGGGCAUGGAAGAGAACAUGCACUCCUUAAAUAAAAGCAUGGAGAACCUUGUGUUUCCCUUGGAUGAUAAAAUGGACAAGAUGAACGAGCAAAUUAAUGACCUCUGUUACGAUAUGGAGAUCCUCCAGCCCUUGAUUGAGCAAGGGGUUCCCUUCAGCCUUACAUCGGAAUAUGAGCAACAGAUUGCAACAGAAGCUAUAAGCAGAAAGCUGGAAAAUUUAACAAGUGUUGUGGCAGGACUAAGUUCCACCACUGAAGAACUCGUCAAAAGCAAGAAGGAGCUAAAUGAGGCUCAGGCUUACAAUGAAAUCUCUGAGAGGCGUAUUAAUGAAUGUUUCAUUUUAAUGGAGGAUGGCUUAAACAAGACCAUGAUGGUUAUCAACAGUGCCAUUGAUACUAUCCAGGAUAACUAUGUGCUCAAAGAAACAUUGAGUACCAUGAAGAAUGAAACAAAGGCCUGCUGUAGAAGCACUGAGAAGAUGGAGAGCAUAUUGACAUUAAUACCUCGGUUUCAAGAGAUGAAUGAAUCCCUUCAGGCGCUAGUCAAUGAGAACAGGAAAGGUGGCUUUACUUCAAAUGCCAUCCAUUCUUCUUCAUCAUCUGGUGAUCUCAGCACAGUUCACCAUAAUCUAAAUGCAACAUUAAACCUGCAAGAGAAUCAUCAUGACAUUGGCCACCUGGAUGGAAAGGGGUCACGCUCCACUCAGGAACAUGAAGAUUAUGAAGGUCGCCUGGCGGCAGUGGAAGCAAAAAUAACCAAGUUUUUAGCAAACAACUGCGUCACGGUAAGAAACAUCAAAGCUGCUUCCACAGAAAAGGAUAAAGUGAUCUCUCUUCAGGUUCAGGCCUUGAGUUCCAGAAUCAGGGCACUAGAAGCCAAAUCCAUACGCUUCUCUGUGACCAUCCCUGUGUUAAACAAGACUGCCUACGAGGCACGGAGCUUGUGUGAGGUUGUCUCCGGAAGCCUGAAGGGAAUGAAUGCCAGCAUUCCCAGGUUAGUGAAAGCUGCUCAUCCAGACAACUUGCUAUUUCAGAAAGGCUUGCAAGAGCUCACAGAAUCCAUGCUGGAGGUCAAAGCAGGAACAAUCCUAUCCAAUCUAACCUGGUAUGUAGACAAGUCCCUAGAUGAGGCAGUGGACACUAUUACCAAACGUCUGAAGGCAACUCCUCCCGUUUCUAAAAAGCCACUGCCAGCGAAAAAGAUCCUAGUGAGCACGACCUCAAACCAGGCUGGACGAAUGCAGAGAAACACAGACACUGCUUCAGAAGCAGGUGAUUAUCUGAGCUGCAGCAGCUCCCCGUGCCAAAAUGGGGGGACCUGCGUCAAUGAGAGGAAGAGCUUUGUCUGCGCUUGCCGUUAUCCUUUCGGAGGAGCCAACUGCAGCACGAAGAUGGUGGCGGAAAAUGCUCCUGCAAGUAUAGAUUUUACAAAGGGAUCUUACAGAUAUGCACCAAUGGUGGCCUUUUUUGCUUCGCACACCUACGGAAUGAAUACUCCUGGCCCUAUUCGAUUUAACAAUCUGGAUGUCAACUAUGGGUCUUCCUAUGUCCCAGCAAAUGGAAGGUUCCGUGUGCCAUACCUUGGCAUUUAUGUCUUCGAAUACACCAUUGAAUCGAACAGCCCGCUCCUCUCAGGCUACCUAGUGGUCGACGGAAUAGACAAGCUGGGCUUUCGGUCUGAAAACACGAAGGAGAACAAAUACCUGGAGAGAGUGGUUACUGGAGAUGCCUUACUGGAACUGAACUACGGGCAAGAAGUCUGGCUGAGACUGACAACAGGCUCUAUCCCAGCCAAAUACCCACCUGUAACUACAUUUACUGGCUACAUAUUGUACCGCACAUAAAUUCCAUUCUAUAGAAAAGCGGUCACCCACAAUGGAAACUCUUCUCCUUUGCUUCUAAGCUCAUUCCACACAAUAAAAAAUAACUCUUGUUUGAGGUUUCCAUCUUUUCUUUUAACAGCUGCAUGAUAGGCAGAGACAAGACAUGAAACCUCUUUCCCAAAUCAGCAUCUUCGUGCUGUAGAAAGCAACAUUCUGCCUGCCACACAGAUGUUAAAAGCAGGGGAGGCCUUCUGGAAAAUAGGUGGUGAGGCCCAUCUCAUUGGAUAGUUAGCUGAAUGUCAAAUUUUGAAAACGGCCAGCUGUCCCAUUGCACCUUCGAUUGGCAAACUGGAGGUAUUCGUAAAUAGGUCUCCCAUAUUUCUAGGCACCCCAUCAGCUGAAGGUCUUCAGUAUGUCCAUUAUUUUUAUGCAGCUAUUUUGUAUUCUAUAAAAGAAAUGUACAAUAAGUUAUGCAUGUUAUCACCAUUGUUUAAGUGAAUUUGAUUUCAGUCACUUUUAGGAUUCGUGUGAUGCAGGCCACCAGUGGGUAAACUUCAACCUUGCUACUAUGGUCCACCAACCAGUUGUACAAUAGUGGCAGGGGGGCAGACAUACACUAAGUUUUUAGGGACCAGGUGCCUCUGAAUGCAUGCUUAACUCUGGAAUUGAGCUUACUGCCCUGUCACACAAGGAUUCACUCCUGGAUUCCCUCCCAUUUUUCUUCAGUUUAGCCUUGCACUUCAAGGUGCAGAAACCUUUUUUUGUUGUUGCUCUUGUCAAGCUACUGAGAUUCCAAAACACAUGUAUUGUCUACUGCAAAUCACUCAGUAGAUUCCUUCUGCCCACCCUGCCCUGGCAUAGCCAUUUGCUCAUGUACUAGGCAGCUCAUGGUGACACCAUUUUCUCUUUUGGGAGGAAGCUGCUGGGGUGGUGGGUGCUAUCGAGCUGGGGAGGGCACCACCUUUGGGAUUGGAAUGGUCACAUAAACGGACCAGCAGAAUGGGACUGUAUCACUGGGAGCCUUUCCCAACCCAAUGGGUCCACUUCUGUGAAAGGGACCUGCUUAGGAAGGACCUAAGCUUUUGAAUCCUGGAUCCAAAAUGGCCAGAUUUCAUUAGGUUUCACUCUUCAUUUGGUUACAUAGAAUACUUAGUUGAAGAAGCAAUGUGCACAUAGGCCAAAUAAAACCGUUGUUGUUGUUCAGUCGUUCAGUCGUGUCCGACCCUUCAUGACCCCAUGGACCAGAGCACGCCAGGCACCCCUAUAAAACCAUACCUACAUAUAUACUCAAUUGGCUUCCAUUUAGUAUCACAUAUUUACCACCACCACCCUUUCAUUUUUAUUUGUUCAUACCAAAAUUUGUAGCUGGUCAGACAUGUAAGGUAUUCACAUUUUACCUUGAAAAGAUUCCAUCUAAACAGCAGAAUUCCAGGAAGUGUAACCUCUCUGUAAUUGCGAACUUCCUAUAAAUUUUUAAUAAAUUGUAUGGCACACACUGAACAGAUUAAGAAAUCAAUCAGAGCACUAAAAGAAGUGUGGUGCUAUGAGGCAACUGAAUGCAAGAAGUCAGGGCCAGGCCAAGACAUUUUGGUGCCUGAGGCGAAGGACAGGAGAGUGCCCGUUCCCUGGUCCAUGUGCAGAAGCCAGCUGGGCUGCCACUUGAACCUUAACACUGGUGAUGGAAUAGUGUCAUCCCAUGCCGCCUGCCCAGCACCUCUUUCUUGAGGGGUACACCUCCUUCUGCCUAACAGUAGGGCCGGCCCUGAUGGUAGUUUCUCUUGCUUUAAAAAUAGCAGCAAUAAUUGUUAAGGUGGGAAUAUAUAUAUAGCCUAAUUCAGGGGAGUUAUAUGGUUUACACAGUAUACCACUCACAGGGGAGAGCUUUGAUGAAAACCUGAUCAACAAUCCAUAUACUGAAUCUGCGGCUAGUAAAUUAGACAAUGAAUAGCACCAAUUAAGGGGUUAACACAUUCACCCCCCCCCUCACUUCCUGCUGCUGGGUCAUAUUCACUGAUAAUGAAUCCAUGAUGCCUAAAAUGUUA